AUGAUGAGAAACUGGUCAUUAUUAUCGGAGGAGGGUGGGGGAGGCGUGCAGUGGCUGAGGCUGGUGUGGGCGAUAUGGCUGCAGGCAGUGAUCGGGACAAACUCCAACUUCCCGGCCUACUCCUCCGAGCUGAAGCACUACCUCUCCCUCUCCCAGCUCCACCUCAACUCCCUCGCCUUCGCCUCCGACGCCGGCAAGCUCUUCGGCUGGGUUGCCGCCCUCGUCGCCCGCCGCGCCCCACUCUGCCUCGUCCUCCUCCUCGGCUCCUCUCUGGGCUUCCUCAGCUACGGCCUCCAGUUCCUAUCCAUCACCGACCACGACGACGUCGUUUCUUCGUCUUCCUCCUUUCAUCACUUGUUUCGCUCCUCUAAUUACCCGCUCUUCCUCCUUCUCAACACCCUCGCCGGCAACAGCAUUUGCUGGAUCAACACCUUCUGUUACAACCUCGUCAUCCGCAACUUCCCCUUCCAUCAGCAGGUCGCUAUCGGGAUCACCAACAGCUAUCAGGCAUUGACAUCCAAAAUCUACGCGGUGAUGGUGGGGGAGCUGUUGAGCACAGUGAAUGGCAGUCUAAAAUCCUACCUCCUCCUCCAGUCUCUCCUCCCACUCCUCGUCGCCACCGUGGGGUCGCUCCUCAUGCUACAAGGCGGCGGUCUCAAUCCCACCAAACAGCUCGCAAGGCCCGUCCAAAGUAAACGGUACCGUCUAAGGUUUGUGGGGUUGUUUGUGGUCACCACGGCAACUGGAGUUUAUGCAGUGUUCAGCAGCUUGUGCCCUAAGCUGUGGAGGAUAUUUUCCUUUUCCUACAGCGGAGUGGAGGAUCGGAGCAACUACUAUUUGGCAUCAAGACCAGCAUUGCUGGUGCUGCUAAUGGGGCCAAUGUCAGCAUCAUACUUCUUGCUCCUCAACAAAUCCCACACACUUCUCUAUAUAAGCACCGCCACAAUUGGCAUCUGCAGUGGGGCCAUCAUUUCAAUUGCAGUCUCCAUAAGCUCGGAGCUCUUCGGCCCAAAACAUUUCGGAGUGAAUCACAACCUUGUCAUAGCCAACAUCCCUCUAGGCUCCUUGAUUUUUGGUUACUUGGCGGCCACAGUGUACGAGAGCCAGAAGCCCAUGGGACACUCCAAAUGCAUGGGAAUGGAAUGCUACGGACGCACUUUCCUG